UCAGGAAUUGAUGUUGAAGCAAUACCACCAUAUGCAAAGAGAUCAAACAGAUUAACUUUACCAUUAUCGCCCAAUCCUCAGAAAAUGACGACAACAAAAAUUCUUCAGGCCGGAGAGAAGCGUGCACAUCCUAGUUACAUUCCCGAACAUUAUCCUCAGUUUCCUGAUCCACAUGCAUACAUCAGAACUCCAACACACAAACAACCUGUUACAGAAUACGAGGCAAUCCGAGAAAAGGCAGCCAGUCAAAAAAGAGACGUAGAAAGAGCACUUACAAGAUUUGUAGCAAAGACUGGAGCUACUCAGUCUCUAUUUCCUGAUGACACUACUUUAUUUCCAUUGAUUGCCUGCAAGCCUGCACCUAACAGUUAUUUAAAUGCUUUACUGCCAAAAGAUCAGAUUUUUGAAGAAGAAGAAGAAAAAACUGAGACCAAAACUAAGGAAGAUCAGCAACAACCUGCAGAUCAGACAAAUCAAAAAGCAGAUAACAGUGAUAUUGAUAUUAUGGAUAAUCCCUACUUAAGACCAGUAAAAAUGCCAAGAAAGAGAAAAAGAUGAACACUGUAAAUUGUGUAAUAAAUUUUUGUAUUUUAA